UCCACACAGAUUAAGACGUACUCAUGGGAUAACGCCCAGGUGCUGCUAGUGGGCAACAAGUGUGACAUGGACGAUGAGAGGGUUGUGGCCUCUGAGAGGGGACGACAGCUCUCCGAGCAUCUCGGUUUUGAGUUUUUUGAGGCCAGUGCCAAGGACAACAUUAACAUUAAACAAACCUUCGAGCGGCUGGUGGACAUAAUCUGCGAGAAGAUGUCAGAGAGCCUGGAUGCCGCUGAUCCUGCAGUGACGGGAGCCAAACAGGGGCCGCAGCUCACUGAGCAGCCCACCGCUCCGCACCAGGACUGCGCCUGCUGAAAACCCCAUGGCUCUAUCUGCACUGCCUUGUACCAACACACAAAAACAACAAGUUUAGGUAUUUAAAAAGAACAAGAAACAUAAAACCCUCAAUUCCCUUACUGCCUCCUCUGGUCACAUUCUCUAACUCCUCCCCCUCCUCUCUGAAUACACAUUUAGACAUCUCAAACUUUGAAAAGAUUUUAUUCAACAUGCAAUUUUUAAAAGGAAAGCCUUAGUGCCCUUUAAAGGGAUAGU